AUGGCUCAGAAAGCAGAUGACGAUUAUUUGAAGCUCUUCGAGGGCAUCGAAGAGCAACCAGAUACUACUACUACCAAACCAUCAGCCGAGAAUAUUGCGACCCAGCAAUCUGAACAAGAUAUACUUGCUGAGCUUGAUUAUCUCACUGCAGAACGUCCUAAGGCCGCAGUUUCUAGACCUCAUACCCCCCGUCUCGCCCCUUCACCUAGCACAAAGAGCUUCGAACGCAGCAGGACCCCCGCUGGCAGGAACAGUGGGGAGGGCUACGGCUAUGGCCUACCACCUAGUAGGAGAGAUAGCGGAGAUACUGGGAUGAAAAAAGCUGAAAGAACUUCCCUAGAUAUUGUCUCUCCCGCCACCCCCAGUACCGGGAAAGAGGCAAGGCAGGCUACUGCAUCUGGGAGUAACGCAGAAAGUAGUAUUAGUGGAGGUACCGUCGAUGCUACUUCUGCCACUUCUGCCACUGCUAUUAAUGCUGCUGCUGCUGGUGGUGGUGGUGGUGGCGGUGGUGCCAGUGGCGGAUGGGGCUGGGGCUCAAUUUGGUCAACGGCAACAGCAGCGGUCAAGACUGCCGAAGGAAUGGUCAAAGAGAUUCAGCAGUCGGAGGAAGGGAAAAAAUGGGCUAGUCAGGUCAAGGGCAAUGCUGAAGUAUUGCGUGGUCUAGCUGGAGACGUUCGCUCCCGCGCACUUCCCACAUUCACCACACUUCUUCAUACACUUGCUCCCCCGAUUUCUUCUCAUGAGCAACUCCGUAUACAUAUUACUCAUGACCUAGAGAACUACCCCUUCAUUGACAAUGUUGUGUAUGGGGUAUUUGAUCGGGUCAUGCAGCAAGUAGAAGGCGGUGAUUUACUCGUUGUACAGCGAGGUGGGGGUUCUAAACCUCGCUCUUCACUGGACACAGCAUUCAGCGGCGGCCCUUGGUGGAAGGGAAUGGAAAAGAGAAACCUAAAUGCCACUUUGGGCCUCGAGGAAGGUGUCAAGCUUGCUCGUGCAGCAACAGAUUCAUAUUCCCAGGAAUUUGCCUCAAAGUCUGAUACCAUUCCCGAUAUCCCGUCGAAAGAUAACCCAACUCGAAAGUCGAACAUCUUCCUUGCAAUUCAGCCCACUGUUUAUACGCAACAGCCCGUCGGAAACCUGGGGGUCUCAGAUGACAAGGAAGAAAAAGAGCAAGUUAUCGUAUUUGCUAUACAUCUACAUGACCCUGUAAAUUCCCUAUCAUUUUCUACCGUCUCACAGGCACUCCCGGCCCAGUGGCUGGAGUGGCUGGACGCCCCUGCACCGAAAGACACCCAACCUGGCGAUUGGGCACUUCCUGAGGUCAUCCGUAACAUGGUAGAUAUGGGGGGCAUUGAUCCUCGAGAAUGGAUAGUUGAGUGGGUGGAGGAGGCGGUCGGGCUAGCUGUAGGCGUUGUAGCACAGAAAUACGUUGCCAAGAGGAUGCGAGUAGGCGACUCAAUUGGCGAACCGAUAAUCGAGAAAGAAGGAGGGGGAGGGGGGGAGGAGGCAAGAGCCAUCGGAUUAUAA